AUGUCCACUUCUCCUGUCUCCGGAGACCUCGAGAAACAAAACCUCGCAGUAGCUGGCCUGAAAUCCGACGACCAUAUUUCUCAACACGCCCAGGGGCGCCACCACCAUACAGCUCGGCUUCGCGAGCGAUUACGCCAAUUCGUCCAUCCCAAUGGCAAGAAAAUCCACAUAGCAGCCUCACCAGAAGAAGCCGAUCAGCUCAAGAAAAGGUUAGGUGAAAUUCACCAAGACCACGAAUUCGACGUAUACAUCUCUGGAACCUCGGAGCAUCUGGACGCGCUACGAGAAGCGCAAAGCCAUCAUGAGGACCGAAGAGAGUCGCUUCGAAUGCAGCACCGGGAAGUCUAUGACCGCUUCGCAGACAUUCACAACGAGCUCGAUGCCCUUUCGAACGAGCUUGAUCGUGUCACGAGCCAUGGCGUAGCUCUGGAAGCACAUUUCAAUCGUUUCGGAUAUAAUGCGAACGUUCGAAGUUACGAUGAUGAGGAUGAGAGCCCGAGUGCUUCUGGUUCUGCGACUCCGCAUUCGAGUAUGCAUGAGAAACAGCAAUCUCCUUGCGAAAGAGGUUUCGCGACACCUCUUCGCCUCUUCAAGAUACCUACGCUUCGCCAGUACUUCCACAAUGGUAUCCUCUGGAGGUCCGCAGGAAGCGAAGAGGUCCAAUCCUUUGAACUCUUCGUAGAUUUGUUAUACGUCGGUAUUCUGCAGAUCAAUGGCGAUAUCACUUCUGAGGACCCAACUGGACUCUCGCUUCUUCACUUCGUGAUCACUUUCACGCUAUCCUAUAAGAUCUGGAACGACAUGAGCCUGUUCAUCUCGUGGUUCGAAACCGACGACGUUUUCCAGAGGGUCUCCAUCCUUUUCUUGCUUGCGUGUUUGUUCGGCUACACGACUAAUAUCGUCAGUGCAUUUGAGGAGUCAUAUGCAACAUUGAUCGGAUUCUAUCUAGCAGCGAGGUUGUUUAUGGGCCUGUACCUACUUCUGUGCGCCUACUUUAUUCCGAUGAUCAGAAGUGCAAUGAUCUUGCAUUUUUAUAUUGUGCUUGUCGGUGCUGGCCUCUGGAUCGCUUCAAUUCAUGUGGCGUGGCCCGAUCAGCUUGCUUUGAUUUGGUGUGCAUUGUUCGUCGACGUUGUUGGCUCCAUUGGUUAUGUCUGGCUACAAUUAGUCACUCAUAUGAUCGGAGGCAAAGCUUGGGAGUGGUUCAGCGCCAAAUUCCAAGUCUAUCCUGCGAUCAACAUCGAGCACAGAACCGAGCGAACAAAUGCCUUCGUAUCGCUGGUGUUCGGCUACACAGUCGUAGCGAUUCUAUACCAAAGCGCAGUCAACGGCAUCGACUCCUUCUAUGGCAAGGGAAUUUUAGGUCUCAUCCAGUGCUUCAUCUUCAACUGGAUGUACUUUGAGAUUGAUGGCUCGAAUCUGCUUAUGCAUGCCAUUCGUCGACAAAAGAUGAGUGCUUUCGCAUGGUCUUUUGCGCACCUGCCAUUUAUCAUGACCUUCGUUCUUGGCGGAGCUGGAUUGUCAAGACUUGUGAUCGCGCCGGAUUCGCCCAAUUCUCAUAUCGACUGGCUCACAGAAACAUACCAGGAGCGAGCAGAACAUCUGAGCGAUCACAUACCGGUUGGGAUCCGCUGGUUCUACUGCGGUGGUUUUGGUCUUGCUCUCCUCUUUAUGGCUUUGAUCUCCAUUUCUCACAUCCACCGUGAGCAGGAAGGCAGAGUUCGAUUGACGAAGAAGUUCCGGUUGAUCUUCCGCAUUUCAGUCGCCGUCAUCCUCAUCUGCUUACCGUUAGCUCAUAGCCUAGACUCGCUAGAUCUGAUUGGCACCGUCACGGGGCUUUUGGUAUUACUCCUAUGCUUGGAGCUAUGGGCCGCUUCUAAUGUACACGACAAGCUAUUCGGUAGGACUACGACUUGUCAAUAUUUUGGCAAUUGCGGCAAGAAAGAUCUCAGAGCAAUGCUCCAGGGUGGGAAGGAAGUAGACAUCGAUAUGUUGAUCAAGGACAAGAAUAAGAACAGUGGUUGUACUGUUGGCCCUUGAGGUCGCGCGUCUUGUCUUCAGGUUGAGAAGAGCUAGGGCCAGCUGUACAAGCUCAGACAAACGGAAACUGGUUCUGCGCAGAGAAUUGCUAUCCUGUGGGUCACUCAAUACCAAGCUUUUGCACUGCU